AUAUGCUCCCAUAUGACAUGUCAUAUUCUACUUCACUAUUACUUCAAGAAACUGAACAGUUUAAAAUCAAGCUGAAGUCAUAAUCUACUUCACUAUUACUUAGCAAAAUCUCAUAUGCUCCCAUAUGACAUGUCACCCGCCUUCUUAAUUCAAGCUUCUAAAUUUUUUUUCUUUUGCUAUAUAAAGAGAGGCACUCACCAAUUGCUCAUAAGGCAAAUCAGCAAGACCAGUUUUAGACUUUUAGCUACUAACUGCUCUUCUUCAUCCUACAAUUUGUCACAUUCUUUCAUUAACAAUUCCUCAAUUUGUUAUCCCCUAUGGCUACUCCUGCAUUUUCCUUUUUAUCCUUUUUGUUCUUCUCAUGCACCAUGUGGUUUUCAGAGACUGCUUUAGCUCAAUAUGGAGGUUGGGAAAGUGCUCAUGCCACAUUCUAUGGAGGCGGUGAUGCAUCUGGCACAAUGGGUGGAGCUUGUGGAUAUGGGAAUUUGUACAGUACAGGAUAUGGAACCAACAUUGCAGCACUAAGUACUGCUCUGUUCAACAAUGGAUUGAGCUGUGGAUCAUGUUACCAGAUCCAAUGUGCAGUAAAUGACCCGAAAUAUUGCUUGGGAGGAAGUGUUACAGUUACAGCAACAGAUUUCUGUCCACCUAAUCCAGCUCUGCCUAAUGAUAAUGGCGGAUGGUGCAAUCCUCCUCGCCAACACUUUGAUAUGGCUGAACCAGCUUACUUGCAAAUUGCCCAGUACAGAGCCGGAAUUGUCCCCGUCGUUUACCGGAGGGUAUCUUGUGUUAAGAAGGGAGGAAUUAGGUUUACAAUUAAUGGGCAUUCCUACUUUAAUUUGGUUUUGGUAUCAAACGUUGCUGGAGCAGGAGAUGUACGUGCUGUGUCAAUCAAAGGAUCAAGAACAGGGUGGCAAUCAUUGUCAAGAAAUUGGGGUCAAAACUGGCAGAGCAAUUCUUACCUUAAUGGCCAAAGUCUCUCCUUCCAAGUCACCACCAGCGAUGGAAGAACAGUGACCAGUUACAAUGUUGCUCCGGCGAACUGGCAGUUUGGUCAGACAUUUGAAGGAGGACAAUUCUAAGUUUCUUCAUAUAUUAUUUAUUAGUAUAAAAAAGAAAGAACCAUUUAGCGUUUUCACUCCGUCCCAAAAUGAUUGUCAUGUUUGUUGUAUUCAAAAUAGUACAAAAAAAACGGACAAUUAUUUUGGGACGGAGAAAAUGUAUGGCUCAAUUAAAGGUGUAGUAGGAUCAAAAGAAAGAGGCGAAGCCGCGCAGGAAUGGUGGUUCUAUGGCAGUGGUAGCACGUUGUAGCACCCGCUUAGGCCUAAUAUAUGUUGCAAAUUUGCAAUCUGUCUACAUGUAUCACACUAGCAAUGUGUUGAGUUUUUUAUUUAUAGGUUUAGAAACUUGAGUUCUUGCAAGUUUAUGUAAUUUUUGAGCUGAUACUGAGUGGUGGAUAUGUAUUACUAAAUUAUUAUUGCUACCUUUUUUCACAGUAAAUUAUGCGCAAAAUUUUUUUUUUUUUUUUUACAAUAAAGAGAGGC